AUGGAAAAAUUAACGUUAUCUGUACUAAAAUCAAAAACGAAUUUGAAAGAGGAUGUACGAUAUAAUUUAGCAGACCAGAGGAGUAGUAAUAAUGACGAAAAAUAUGAAAACUUACCUGUUCAUCCAUCAUCAGAGUUAACAACGGAUGAAAUUGAGAAGAAAUAUGGUAAAUUGAUGUUAGAUAAUGAUAAAAAUGAUCCAUUUUCGUUAGAAAUGGUAACAUCAAUGAUAUUAAAACGUUCACAUUUGAGACAAGAACAUUUACAAGUAAUGUAUGAUGAACAAAAAUUAAAGAAAAAACAUCAGCAAUACCAACAACCAUCCACGGUUGAUUCUCCAAGAGAAAAUUUAGUAAAAAAUACUUACAAAGAGGAUACAUUUAACGAGUACAAAUGUAAAUUAGAACGAAAAAUUACGGAAAAAUGCAACAAGUCUUUCGAAAGAUAG